AUGGGCUCCAUGGCUAUUGAAUUAAACAAAUUGAAGGCACAAAGUAGUGGGAAACACCCUUCUCAAUCUCUUAACCCAAGAGAGAAUGCUAGUGCUAUUACAUUGAGAAGCGGUACACAACUUGUGCAAAUUGAAAUUGUUGAUGUUGGUGAUACGGAGACCCAAAAGGAACCUGUUUUGGAGGAAAAGAAUGAUGAUUUUCCCCAAACUUCUGAGGUACCUAUUUCUAGCUCUAAAACUCCUUUUUCUACUUAUGUUCCUCCUUUACCUUUCCCUCGCAGGUUUGCUAACUCUAAGAAUGCGGAACUAGAAAAGGAGAUUUUAGACAUCUAUAAGAAGCUUCAUAAAAAGCUAACCGGUAAUGAGGUUAUGAGUGUGGGGGAAAACGCUUCGGCGGUCUUGCAAAAGAAACUCCCACCCAAAUGCAAGGAUCCAGGUAGUUUCACUAUACCCGUAGAGAUUGGUAAUAAAAGAAUUGGAAAGGCUAUGCUUGAAUUAGGAGCAUCCGUGAAUAUCAUGCCGACAUCUAUUUAUGAAUCUUUAAAGUUGGGUCCAUUAAAACCAACUAAUAUUGUGCUUGAACUUGCGGAUCAUACUAAUGUCUACUCUAGGGGUAUUAUUGAGGAUGUCCUUGUGCAGGUGAACCGACUAGUUUUUCCAGCUGAUUUUUGUGUUCUAGAAAUGGAUGAUGGCUCGGAUGCAUCCAUACCCCUGCUACUUGGGAGACCUUUCAUGAAGACGGCUAAAACCGUCAUUGAUGUGGACGGGGGAAUACUCACUAUGAAGUUUGAUGAUGAGAUAAUUCGCUUCAACAUGUUUGAAGUCAUGCGGUAUCCAAGUGAUGUUCAUUCGGGUGUCCAUAACGUAUAG